AAAAUCUCCAUUUAUUUUUUUUCGCUAUCGUUCAAGUGUCCGCAACAAAUUCCGAACCUCUUUAGCCAGAGUCCACCGGGUUUUGCCACUGUUGCCGUGACCACCCGCCUUCGCAAGUGGGGUGUUACACGAUGGCUCUGCUCAAGUUUCACCGCACGCUGCAGACGACCGAUCCGCACACCGUACCGGUGCUGAUCGUCGGGCAGCUCCGGCACCUAACGGAGCUACCGUUCGAGCGGAUCAGCUCGAAGCUGGAACCGCGCGUCGAACGGGAAACGUUCGCCAAGGCCGUAUCCUGUCUGCAUCCCGCACCGACGGACACGUGUUCGCUCUACCUCGAUCUGGCGCGCGUUGCCGCCCUGCCGCUGAAAUCUUCCCGGCACAAUACCGCGUCCAGGGCGCACUCGAUUACGAAGCUGAUUCAAUCGAACACGACCGGCGUCAGCGAGUCGAUUGUAAUCGUGUGCGAAAAACAGGACCUGCUGGCAUCGGCCUGUGCGGUCGCGCGAGCUUUCCCGCUGUACAGCCGGAAAACGUCCAAGGGCGCCAAUGUGGAUCCGCCGCCGACGGUUCACAUCGAGUUUGUGCUGGUGGGCGGCAACAGUCCGACCGAUACGGAGAUUACCGAGGAGGAUGUGCUGGUGCUGGCCAACGUGACUGUCGGCAUCCGGCUGACGGCCCGCAUCGUGGACGCGCCGUGCAACGAGAUGAACGUGUCCGGAUUCUUGUCCGAGGUGGAAGCAAUCGCGCUGGAGCUUGGCUUAAAGUCGAAGAUCAUCCGGGGAGAGGAGCUGCAGCAAAAGGGUUUCGGUGGCAUCUACGGUGUCGGUAAGGCGGCGCUGGACCCGCCCGCCCUGGCGGUGCUGUCGCACGAGCCGAAGGGCGCAACGGAGACGGUGGCCUGGGUGGGCAAGGGCAUCGUGUUCGAUACGGGCGGUCUUAGCAUCAAGGGCAAAACGGCGAUGCCGGGCAUGAAGCGGGACUGUGGCGGCGCUGCCGCUAUACUGGGUGGAUUCUACGCCGCCGUCAAGAGCGGCUUCCGGCAGAAUCUGCACGCCGUGUUCUGCUUGGCGGAAAACUCGGUCGGCCCGUUGGCCACCCGCCCCGACGACAUUCAUCGGCUGUACUCGGGCUGCACGGUGGAGAUCAACAACACGGACGCGGAAGGACGGCUCGUGCUGGCGGAUGGGGUCGUGUACGCGGACCGCGAUCUCAAGGCAAACGUGAUCCUCGACAUGGCAACGCUGACCGGUGCGCAGGGCAUCGCGACGGGCAAGUAUCACGGUGCGAUUCUCACCAACAGCGACGAGUGGGAAGAGAAGGCAAUGGAAAUCGGACGUCGUACCGGCGAUAUGUUGUGCCCGGUGCCGUACUGUCCCGAGCUGCACUUCAGCGAGUUUAAUUCGGCCGUGGCGGAUAUGAAAAACUCCGUCAUGGAUCGUGGCAAUGCGCAGGUCAGCUGUGCGGGACUGUUUAUCGGGGCGCAUCUUGGCUUCGAGUACGGCGGCUCCUGGAUGCACGUCGACAUGGCCGCCCCGGUGCAUAAUGGCGAACGUGCGACCGGGUACGGUGUGGCACUGCUGGCCGGACUGUUCGGAGAACACAGCAAGGCAGCCAUUCUGCGUGACAUCGCGAACCAACCGACGGUUCCGAGGAACAAGACGGCAGGGAAUGGCACGGAACCACCGCUGAAGAAGGCCUGCUUGGAUUGAAGCACGAAAAAGAGCCACCAGAAGACCAACUCCACAAAAUUUAGAAAUGGCUUUCGCAUCACAAGCUCCUUUGUUGAUUCGGGGAGAGCUGCACCGGAAAAGAAAGAUCUUAUUUGACGUACACGGGCUGAAUCGUCGCAUUUGAUGAGGUUGGAUAUUCAUUUUUCAUAUUAAUAAAGCGAAUUAGAAAUAACAAUACAA